CUCAAAGCAGUGAACGAUUAACACGGAGCACCCAAAUCAAGCUCAAAAACCUAAUUCAAGAAACCCUAGACAGAUCCUUUUCCCUUCCGUUAUACUUCUUCUAUCACUUUAGACAUACAUCGUAGUUUAUGUAUUAGAGUCUGUAUCUACAAUCUCUCACAUAGUAUCAGUACAUACCCAACAAGAAGGCAUAUAGAAAAAGUCUUAUUCACACCCAGAAACAUUAACAAUGGGAAGAAAUUUGAGUCCGGUGUUGCGGAGAGAGUUAGGAAAUCUUGACAAAGAUGCUGAUAGUAGGAAAUCAGCAAUGAAGGCGUUGAAAUCGUAUGUAAAAGACUUGGAUUCGAAGGCAAUUCCAAUCUUUCUAGCUCAGGUUUCAGAGAAAAAGGAAAGUGGUACAUCAGCUGGGGAAUAUACAAUAUCACUGUAUGAAGUUCUUGCUCGUGUCCAUGGCCCAAAAAUUAUCCCUCAGAUUGAUAACAUUAUGGAUACCAUAAUCAAAACCUUAGCUUCAAGUGCUGGGUCUUUUGCACUUCACCAGGCUUGCUCAAAGGUGGUUCCAGCUAUUGCUAGGUAUGGGAUUGACCCAACAACACCUGAAGAGAAAAAGAGGCAUAUAAUUUACUCACUCUGUAAGCCUCUUUCAGAUUCUCUUUUGGGUAGCCUAGAGAGCCUAUCUUCUGGAGCUGCUCUCUGCCUAAAGGCUCUUGUGGACUCUGAUAAUUGGAGAUUUGCUUCAAAUGAGAUGGUGAAUGAAGUUUGUCAGAGAGUUGCUGGGGCUUUGGAAAAGCCAACGCAGACCAAUUCACACAUAGGAUUGGUUAUGGCUCUGGCUAAGCACAAUAGUCUGCUCGUUGAAGCCUAUGCGAGGUUGUUAAUACAAAUUGGAUUACGAAUUUUGAAUACUGGGGUUGUUGAGGGGAAUUCUCAGAAAAGGUUGUCAGCCAUUCAUAUGGUGAAUUUUUUGAUGAAGUGCUUGGAACCCAAAAGCAUAUUCUCUGAGCUUGGACUGAUAAUUGAGGAGAUGGAAAAGUGUCAGUCUGAUCAGAUGGCUUAUGUUAGAGGAGCUGCAUUUGAAGCAUUGCAAACAGCAAAGAGAAUAGCCACUGACAGGUGCUCAGAUUUUGAGAGUGAUAUGGGUUCUAUUACGGGGUCAAAUUUUGGUAGCAGAGGCAACAGCCGGAGAAGAAAUUUUUGGGAUAGUGGAGAUGGUUCACCCCGAACUGCAUCACCUGAAUCACAGACUGUUAAUUCAUUUGUUGGGUAUAAUUCGCUGAUUGAAUCACCAAUUUCAGUAAGUCAGGCCUCCCCAGACUUGGAUUAUGACCGAAGGAGUGUGAACAGGAAACUUUGGAGGAGGUAUGAGAAUGGUGGAGUUGAUGUAUCUCUCAAGGAUGGGUUGUUUUCAGAGGUGACUAGUGGAAAUGCCAUACAGAAUGAUGAAUUUUCUGGUGAUAGAGACUAUACAGAUGAAUUCACUGGGUUUUCGCAACGAAGUCCAAGAAAUGGAGUUGUGAGAAGCACCACUCCCAGCCCUCAGAGAUCACGCUCUCACAUCAAUGUUGAUAAUGUCAAGAUCUUCACGACUCCAAGAAAGCUAAUUCGCUCUCUUCAGGAACCAGAUGACAUGGGAUUCUUUGAUAACCAAAGCAGGAGGUUUAGAAGUCCUUCAUCAAGCAAAUUUGAGUGGAGUCCUGCAUCUAAGUAUGACCAAAAUGGCCUCUCACAUGAGGCAGACCAUGAGAUCAAAGGAGAUGAAAAUUUGUCUAGUGGUGGUGAGCAGUUCCACGGUAGCUUAGAGUCUGUGUCUUCUUCAACAGAAGAUGUCCCUGUGGAUGCUGAUCUGCAAGUAUAUCCAAAAGAGGUACCAGGAAGCAAAACUGAAUCCCAAGGGAUAUGUGUCCAAAAGGUCCAUCGGAAGUCUACUGUCAACAUUGUCUGUGGCCUCUUAGCUAUGCUUUUUGUAGUUUUUGGUUGUCUACUGUGGAUUGAUGAUCAGGAUGAAGGCUAUAAUCUUGUUCCCACCUAAUUACACUUUUCUUUGUAUGAUAAUCAAACUCUGAUUUUCGUCAAUGGUAGAAACCUUUGGCAGAAAAUUGAGAAUCAAAUGUUAAAUCUGCUAUUUAAUUUCAAUAGAAUACAUUUGUUCUUGAAAGGUUGUUUCUACUGAUCCUUGAUAUCUAUUUUAAUUAUCAAUGUUAU